CAUCUCACACUACACCGAGCUCACUCACAAUGGCUACUAGCACUAAGCUUGUAGCUCUUGGCUUUGUUGUUCUCGUGAGCAUUGGGUUCACCAAUGCUUCGAGGAUGCUCGCUAGCUCUUCCAGUUCUGGAGGUGGAAGCGGGGGAGGCGGAGGCGGCUCGUCGAAUGGGACUGGGAGUGGAUGGGGCCAUGGGGCCGGAGGAGGUGGUGGCUUGGGAUAUGGCGAGAGUGGUGGAGAUGCCAAUAACAAGUAUAACUUUGCCAAGGGAGCUGGUGGAGGAGGGGGGAAUGGUGCUGGCGGUGGUUCUCAAGGCGGAUCCGGAUCUGGUUCCGGCUCUGGCGGUGGCAACGGUGUUGGUUCGAGUGGCUCGGCGUCAGCCCCUAGUGGCAGUGGGUACGCCAAUGCUGAUGGUCAGGGUGGGGGUGGGGGUGCAGGUGGCGGUGCAAAUGGGUCAAGCGGAUCUGGAGUUGGAAGUGGUGCUGGCAAAGGAGAAGCUGAGAGUGGAAUAGCAACUACCCCGGCUGUAGCUCCUUCUGCUGGUGGUGUCAGCUACUCUGAUGCUGGAGGUGCUGGCACUGGCGGUGGUGGUGGCGACGGUGGAAGUGGAGGUGGUAAUGGUGCUGGAGGUGGACAGGCCGCCAGCGAUGACACUACUGGAGGCAAUGCCAGUGGAAGUGGCAGCGGCAACGGUGGUGGCCAAGGUGGAGGUGUAGCUCAAGGUCCAAACAUGGGAGUUGGUUCUGGCUCUGGCAUUGGGGGCGGACAGACUGGUAGCACUGGUUCCUAUGGUCAAGGCUAUGCCACCGGAACCGGUGCUGGAACGGGUGGCGGCGGUGGUGGCAGCAACAAUGGUGGGUUCGGCAAUGGUGGAGGUAGCGGAUCCGGAUCCGGCAGUGCCGGAUACCCCUAAAUUUCCUUUUCGUACAAGCUAGAAUCGGAGCCCAUCACACAUUUCCAAUCUCUUCAUUUCACUAUUCCACAUCAUUUGUGUUUCGUAGAGUUUUCACUAGGCGCCUCCUAAUAAAGGGCUCCAUGAUUCCAGUGGAUGUACUAAGUAGCAAUCUACUAACAUGUCCUGCCUACGUUCCUAAAUAUAAGUUGUUUUAAUCAUUUCAAAUGGACUACUACAUAAGGAUGUAUGGAGACAUAUUUUAGAGUGUAGAUUCACUCAUUUUGCUUCGUAUGUAGUCACUUGUUGAAAUCCUUAAAAUGACUUAUAUUUGGGAACGGAGGGAGUAAUCGCUACCUAUGAAUACGUUAUGUUAUGAUUUCUGA